UUUAACAUUUUCAUCUGUGUUGCCAGGUUGUCAGAUGUUUUCAUUUGGCGACCGGUUCUGACUCCUGUAUUUGAGAAUUAAUAUUAAAGGAAAUAGCGCUGACCUGUUUCUUUAAAGCGUUUUAUAACUGGUGUCUAGGUUUAUAGUUAGAAAUGAUUACGUUUAUCAAUAUGAAGUGACUCAUUCGAGGGAGAGUACAUCUUUUGGAAACGAAAGAAUAGUUUUUGUUUUGGGGAUAUACUAUUUAAAUUCAAAGUAUUUAACACCACAACUUAAAUGAUAAAAAAAAAAUUAAGAAGUCGAUAAUAGCAUCGUUUUUAAGUCCAUUUGGUCCUUUUAAAAAGUUAUAAAAGACGUUUAAGAAAAACGCUUUAGAGGAAUUCUGACAGAAUCUGAUGAGUGAAGAUAGCCUGUCGAGGAUUAGAGAAAACUUCUUGGAAAUCGGCAUAAUCAUAUUGAGAAGUCUUUAGAGGAGUUAAAGACAGUCUCCUUAGGACUGGAAUACGGAUUUUUUUAUUCUUAGUCGUGCUUUUCUAUGAUUAUUACAUAUAACUAGAAAAUUAACUAGAUAUAACAGUGACUACAGAUAUUAUGUUCUAGUGUGAUUAUUUUAGAAUUAGGCGAUGUGUUUGGAUAGAAGCUGAACGGGUCUCCUUGAGUGCUAGAUUUACUUGACAUUUCCUUGCUGACAUUACCAAGCUAGACAGCAGAAGGUCAGGUCUAACCAUGUCGUCGUCUGAUGAGGAGAAAUGUCGCAAUGACGGACAGUUGAACGUGCAACAAGGUGGUCUGGACAGUUCCGGUGCUUUAUUCCUGAGGGCGUCCGAUAGGUACCCUAGAACCCCAAAAUGUGCCCGGUGCCGAAAUCACGGGGUCGUCUCUGCGCUGAAAGGGCACAAGCGCUACUGCAGGUGGAGGGACUGCGUCUGCGCCAAGUGCACGCUGAUCGCGGAGAGACAGAGGGUGAUGGCGGCCCAGGUGGCGCUGAGGAGGCAGCAGGCGCAGGAGGAGAACGAGGCCAGGGAGCUGGGGCUGCUUUACGGGCCCAACGGCCUCCUCCAGAUGAACCCCGAAACCGUGGACUUCUUUCCCGAAGCCAAGAGCUUUCUUCAACAACAACAGCAAAGCUCGGGACUCGGCGGUAACGCUGGAGAAAGCAAGGGGGACACGGCUGCGGCUGGACACAUACAAAACCCACAGCUAGCAAACAGCGGCUCGAUGGGCAGACUAAGAGAAGCUUCCCGAUCUCCACCUAGCCGACCACUCUCCAGUGAUGCAUCUCAUAACCAUGUGACUGCUAAAAGAGCCAGGCGUGAUACAGAUCACGAGGAACUUCGCAGUUCAGCUACGUCAUCACCCGAGCGUGGAGCCGAUUCGCCGAGGAGUGUUUCGGUUAAAGAUCAUGAUUCACCCCAGACUCGCUCCCCGACUCCUCAGGGAGGAGAAUAUUCUCCAAAGUACAUCCGUGAGUCCAGUUUCACCUACCGGACGCCCCCGUCGAUGGCCAACGACCACAGACUGACCCCUCCCGCUGCUACAAAGCCGGAGCUGUUUAGCCCAGCGUUAGCGCUGGAAGAGGCGAUGCUGGGCUCGCGGGACACCGGAAGCAAGAGAUCUUCACUUGACAUGCUGUGUCGGGUAUUCCCGCACAUGAAGAGAGGAGUCUUGCAGCUUAUUCUUCAAGGCUGCAACAAUGAUAUGGUCCAGGCGAUCGAGCAGGUCCUCAAUAACCCCAACACUUUGCUUGGAAGCGAGGCUCAGCCUUCGAACUCCGGAACCACACCGCACGCACCUCUGAGCGGCAUCGGCAUGGGCGUCGCUCUGAACGCGCUGGCGGCGGGCCAGGUGGGUUUGACCAGCAACGGAUUCUUCCCACAGACAUACCUUCCCCCUUCGCUAGGAUCGUCCAGCUUCAAGUCAGCCUUCUCCCCCAUCAGCACGCCGCCCACGGCGCACCUCAACUCGGUGAGAUACACUUACGGCGCCGCCCCUGUCUCGCGGGCCAGCAACAUGGCGUCGGCGGCGGCUCUUGCGUUGCCUUACCCUCCUCUUCUGCCCAGCUUUACCCUCAGCUCCACUUACGGCUACGGGGCGCUGAGCGGGGCGAACAAAGCUCUGCACUACGCCAUCGGGUGUUCCUGCUGCCCUUCCAAGUCGUACUCGAGUCAAGGAAGUGAGAAAACUGCUGGCUGCAUCGGCGACUAGAACAAGCUGCCAACUCUUCUAUUUCUUCCCUUAACCUGUAACAUUAACGCAACAAGGUCAAGCUGCGAAAUUCCUAGAUAAGAACAAGGUCAAAAGACUUUACUUCCGCUUGGCCAGUUAAAAAAGUGGAAACAAUACUGAGUUAAUAACGACUCAAAAGAAACAAAAAUAUACCAAAGAGAGAUUCUGAAAAGUUCUGUUCCACAGAUGUUCCUGACACUUCAUUAACACAUAAAUCACUGUGCUUUAAGAGAACUAUCUUUAUUUCAAAAACUUGACGCUUGAAUUAGCGUAGACCCAACCCGUCUCGAAGUAGAGAGGUCUAUCUACCGUUUGUCUGUCUUUGUCCGAAUGAAUUCAGCAAGCUAUGGACAACGUGGUGACGCUGUGUGACCUGACUGUGUGUUCUGAUAAAGAUUUGUUUGAACCACGAAACUCUGACUUGACAUCUGGUUAUAUUUCACUACGACAUUUCUCAAUAACUUAACAGUAAGCGUUAAUACACUUGCUUACGUUCACAAAAGAGCUAACGGAGUCAUUGCAUAAAAUAUUAAUCUCUAAGACUUUGUAAAAUAUUUGUAAAAUGUUUUACAUGUUUCGGAUGUUCCUUCAGAGUUGAAGAUAAUUUACUUCCUAGUCCAAACAUCCGGAAUGACGAUGGGGGAAUAGGAGUGGGCAGGGUCUGAACCCAGGAUCAUUCAUAAGGCCUAACGACAGUCCAGCGCGCAAACCGCAAGACCAAGUAGCCAUCGUUUGAGUUCUUUUGAUUCAAAGCAGGACAAAAAACUUUACAAGGCUACACAGACCCAGCUGUGACCUACAUAUUUUGCCACAUCAUUCACAGAUAAAACCGUUUUCCAUCCGAGGAUUGAUUUACGUUUUAUUUUCUUUGAGAUAUAGAUGACGUCAGUUUACUGUCAGCUCGUGCUCUUAUUUUUUUUUUUAAAUUACUUCAUUGUGUUUAUAAUAUAAGAGAUUAUGCCAUAAAUACUUUUGAAUACCUUAUUUUCAUAUAGAUAAUUUGAUGUCACCUUUAGUGUAUUUAUGUUUUAAAUCAUAACUAAUUAAUUAGAUACAAAAUGAAUGUAUGAAAAUAAAAGCCAUGAAAAUUAAUUUUGACUGUAACAUUAGACACAUGAAACACAGAGGCAUACCAAUGAAGGGACAUCUGUAAUCCUGCCUCUCUGAAUUUCUCAAAACAUAGGUACUCUAAAUGUAUUAAUUUAUUAUCGCCAAAUGAAUCUGCGUUGGCAGAGGCGAAGCUAUGGUCGGAGGAGGAAUGGGAGAAUUUUAAAAAUUCCCCCGGCCCCCACUUAAGGUGGACCCCAAAUGUUUUUUACAUUAAAUAUUACGCAAAAUGCAGGGCCCCCAAAGAGGUCAAGCUCACCGGGUCUUCCCGUAUGAUGACAAAUUCCUAGGUACGCCACUUUGAGUUGGUUUAGUUUUGAAUAACUCAAGAAAUCGAUUAUUUAAUCCAAUGGUUCCGCAUGCUUAGUUUAAAUAGAUCUUUGAAGUCUGUUUUUUUUGUGUGUCUUUGUUUUUAAUUAAGUAGCAGUAUAAGUAUGUACUUCUUUCUGUGUUUUCAAAAGAUUUAAGUCAAAAUAAAACAACAAAAAAUCCA